UCACCCCCACACUAAGAUCUGCUCUAGUCCAUCACAUUCUGAAUCUGACUUUCAGAUCAAAACAAAAUCUACUGUUCUUGACUGUCACAAGUUCAAUUCUGUGUCCUGGGCUAAUAGUCAUCCACAGCUGAAGCUUGAUGCCCUUCGUCGCUGGCCUUACGCCAGGCCGUCUACUGAUUCUGGAGUUCUCCAAUCAACAACCCAGAGUGGACAAGCAAGACCCGUAGUAGGGGGAGAGAGAGAGAUGGAGGAUGGGUUGAGUUGCAGUGAACUUUUUAAAAAAAGGCCUAAUAACCAUUAUGACAGAAAACUAUCAUCUGGUCACCAUGUCAAUGUGAAACCAUCACCCAACCACUCUGAAAAGCUAACACAGCCGUCCAGUCACCAAGAAAAUGUAAAAAAGAUGUCUCAUUUUCAAGGGGACAUGAAACAGGCCUCUAGUCAACAAGACAAUGUAAAAAAGAUUUCUUACAUCCACGAAGAAAUGAAAUUGUUGUCUAGUCAAAAAGACAACGUGAAGAAAAUCUGUGGUUACCAUGACAACACAGAACAGACCUCCAGUCACCGUGAUAACAUGAAACAAGCAUCCAGUCACUAUGAAAGCAUUAGGCAAGCUUCUAGUUACCGUGACAGUAUGAAGCAAGGAUUGGCUUACCAUGGGAACUUAAAACAAGAGUUCCUUCAACAUAACAUGCAACAGUUUUUCGAUCACCAUGACAACCUGAAAGACGUGUGCAGAGAUGGUAUCAGUAACCAUCACAAUAGAAACCAGGCCUCCAGUCAUCGAGGCAUCUCGGAUAAGAACCAGCUAUUUAGCCAAGUUGUAAAAAAGCACCCGGUGUCAAGAUGCCAAGGAGCAGGCAUGAUGGAACAGGCACUCAGUUGCCAUAAUGAUAUGACGCAGGCAUUUGGUCGCCAUGGCAACAUGAAACCGUCAUCCAUGCAACAAGACGUUUGCAGUCCAGCACAAAACGAGGCAAACCAGGUAUUGUUUGUCAAGGAUGACAGGAAACAGCCAUCUGAUUGCCAUACCAGUGUGGAACAGCGUUCUGGUCCUCAGGAUGUGGAAGAUAAAUGGGCGUCUGGUCCCCGUGAUGAUAGGGACCAGGCGAUGGAUCGCCAUGAUGACAACAAGCUGUUAUCCAGUCCCCCACACACCACUGUUACUCAGUUUUCUGGUUGCCACAGUGAAGUAAAGCAGAUGCUCAGUCACCACAAAGCAAUGGAACAAGAGAGAGGGAGUCUCUCCAGCGCACCUCCAUGGACCUCCUCUUCUUCGUUCUCCUCAACUUUCUCCCCCACUUUUCUGGUAGCAUCUUCAGCUCCAGUUCAGACCUCCCUUUCAUCUGCUCCUCCUCUAUCACUCCUAUCUACAACUCCUCCCACCCACCCAUCUAUUACUCCUCCCUCCUCCCUUCCUACACUUACAUCCCUGCCUCUUGAUACUUCCCUUGCCUCUCUGCAUCCUUCUCUAAAUCCUGCAAUUCAGUCCUCCAGCCCUACCUCCCCUCCUCCAUGUCCAUCCAUCCUUGCUACUCCUCCUCCUCUUCACAAGACCCCCACACCACCCUGCGCCUCCCUCCCAUGUCUCCUAGCCUCCCACCGUGCUGAGGUGCGUCGCCUCCUCCGGGGGGCGCUGAGUUCUCUGGGCCAGAGGCUGGCUUCCCUAGAGCGCCAGGUGAAGUUUCUCGCUGGGCAGAAGACCAGGAGGAGGAGGUACAAAAGGAAGUGCAGGGUGGAGGAGGGAGCUGCAAAAAGGACCUUACUGUCAGCUGGUGCAAAAACUACUGGAGUAGGGAUGGAAGUGAGCGAUGUCAAGAUUUGUGGGCACAAACGCUGCAGCAAUCUGGUCUCUGACUCCCCUUCCUUCUCAAUGGAGGAAGUGAAAAAGGAGGGAAUAGAGGAGGAGGAGAGAAGAAAAAAAAGACGGAGGAAGGUUGGGGAAGAGUCAUCAUCUGAUUGUAUCACUGUGCUGACGCCACAACACAGCAGCUAUCUUAACCCAAAGCAGGAGCUCAGAGGAGGACAUUAUGGAGCAGAAGUGGAGAUGGAGCAGAUGCAAAAGAAGGGAGCAGAGAGAUCCCCAGGGUGCCUGGUGAGCUUCUCUCAUGACAGGGGUAGUGCAGGGGGACAUGAGCAACAGAUCUUGUCGAAGUUUCACAAAAUCAUUACACACUCCCCGCAGGAAGAAAAGAAAGGGAGUUGCAAAGGAGGUGAACACGUUGCGGGAAAAUCUGUCUCCCCUGACCAAUCGCAUCCUUCCCUGCUUGACCAACUGCGGCAUUCCCACUUCCUCUCCUACCAAUUAGAACAUUCUCCCUGUCCUUCCUGCCCCUCCAGUCAACAUUCCCUGCGUCCUUCCAACCAAUCAGAACAAAUGUUUGACCAGUCAGCUUUUUCUCUGCUACCUUCUAACCAAUCAAAGGCUCCUGAUUUCACAUCUGACCAAUUAGAACAGUGUUUACUUGCCUAUAACCAAUCAGAGCAUCAUGUUCUAUCCUCCGACCAGUCACAACCAUCAGCCCAGCCAUCUAACUCAUUUCCCUCAAACUGGAAAUCAGAACUGCCUCACGAUGCCGUUGACCAAGCAGUAAGAGCUGGGACUGUUUUUAGCCAAUCAACAGGCAGCAGUCGCAACGGCGUUACCAAUCACCACCUUGUUGCUGUGGGCUCCUGUUACCCAGAAAGCCAUGGAGCGCUAAUAGCGCAGCUAGAAGAUGCCGCUAACUGGCUCACCCGUGCUGCGAGUUGCACCAGUCAAUCAAAUGCCUCGGACACAUCAAUUUCUUCCAAAGCUUUGAUCUGCCAGUCAAGUUCUUUGGCGACAGUGCUUAGCCAAAUGUGCUUUUCUAAGGCCUUAGCCAACCAAUGGAAUUCCCCUAUGUCCUCGAAGAAUCAUUCAGAUGCCUUGAAAGCCUUAAUUGGCCAAUCACAGGCCUCUAACGUUUUGAACAGUGAAUGGAGCUUCUCUAACACUCCCAUCAGCCAGUGGAAUUUUUCCAGUGUCUUGUCCAGCCAACAGUAUUUCACUGCUCCCCAGAACAGACAAUUGCAUACGUCGGCACUCACCCCCUUCUUCCGCCUCUGUCUCCGCCCCAUCAACCCAGCCUGCCUUGCUCACCUAGUGGCGCUAGCAGUGGAGACAGUAUCAGGCAGAGUUUGCCGGCCCUUACCACUGCUGAAGGACUACACGGCCCCACCCAGUUUGGAGCUUGACCACAGCUACAUCAAACAAACAACUGAUGUUCCAAGCUUGCCCACAAGGCGUUACUCACAGCAACAGUCUAGCAGACAAGCCAGACGUGAUGCCCGGAGUCGCCACCGCCUCCCUUCUGCCAGUGUGGCCCCGCCCCUCUUCAGCAGCAGCCAGUCAGCGGCCGCUGCUGAUGCUGAGUAUGUGGUUAGGAAAGAAGAGAAGAUUAGGCGGGUGUCCGAGAUUCGAAUAAGGAAGUCUCUCCCCAAACCAGACAUCAGGCUGACGCCCAUGGGGCUUCCUAAAGCAAAGAGACUGAAAAAAAAAGAAUUCAGUUUGGAGGAAAUUUACACGAAUAAGAACUACAAAUCGCCGACAACUAACAGGAGCCUAGAGACCAUUUUCGAGGAGCCCAAGGAAAAGAAUGGAUCUCUCCUCUGUAUGGGGCACCAGAGGAGGCGCAGGGUGCUGGAAUUUGGAGAUUUCACCCAGCCCAGGAAGAGAAGAGGCAAGAUUGGUCAGGGCAUCAGUUGGGUCACGCCGGGUCCCCGCAAACGGGCGGCAGCGACGAGAAGGCGUUGCUAUGAGGACGAGGAGGCGGACCUCGACGUGAUGCUGAUAGAGAGACUGACGGCGCUGGAAGACUCCCUAGUCAGACUGGGACUGGAUGACUGAGAACAGCAGAAGUCCUCCAAUUCCAGCUUGCUGGUGCUAGACCUAGACCUCGAGCUAGACCUAGACCUAGACCUAGCACCAGCUGUCCUGUUUUUUUAAAGUUUUUUUUUUUAAGUUUUGCUUUUUGUGUGCUGUGAAAAUGUGAACCGGACUGGCAGGAUAGCCGGCACGAACUUCUGAUAAAGCUGAACUGAUCCCCUGCUGCUGUUUGUUUGUUUUUGUUUUUUUUGUGGAGUAAUUACAAACUAAUUUUCAGCCUACAUUUAGAAAUGUGAUGUUUGAUUGAAGCACUAGAUUCUUCUUGAAACCGUUACCGACCUGUCCGUCAUUCCUUCCUGCUUUUUGAGGCGUAUGUCUGGAAAUAGUCUUCCUUUCGUUCCAAACUAGAAGGGCGUCUGUGCUUCAUUCACAGGACGACGUGUUUUUCAGGCUGUCUGGUGUUUUGGACUUUUCGCUAUGAGCUGAACUUUAUGCCGUUGUUGCUGUUGGUUUUUCCCAUAACGGUUCCUGAUUUGUGGUAUUUUGUGAAUUAUUUGUACUGUGUUAAAUUCCCAAAAUGUAUAUUUUUUGAAAUGAAUUCAACUUAUGAAUUAAAGGAGUGAUUUCUU